AUGGACAGGGAUUCGCUUGUGGAGCUGACACCGUUGCGGCCGUCGACGCGCCCUACCGCCUCGCAAAGCCCCUCACGGGAGCCACCGACAGUACCACCACCGCCAUUGCUGUUCGGUGUGGAGGCGCCGGUGCCGCCACAGCGACAGCAACAGCAGCCGAUGUCGUCGCCUUUCGAGCGUCGCGAAGACCUCUCGUAUAUUUGGGGCACCGGCAUUGCGGUGGAGACGUUCCGGGAAGAAUUCCAACAGUUCCUUGAAACAUAUGAGGUGAGCACCGACAACAACAACAGCAGGCCACAGCAGGAGAUGGGUGACCGCGCGAGUGGUGUCCUCGGCACUCGCCGCGGCGGUACGAGGAAGUGCUUCCUGCAAGAGCUACUGCGCCUGCGCCUGCAGAACCGCAGCGUGCUGGAGUUGGACAUGCAGCUGCUAGCCAAGUCGUGCCCGCGGCUGUACCAGCAGACCAUCGCCCACCCCAUGGAGUGCCUGCAGAUGAUGGCAAACGUUGCGGAGGAUGUAUGCCAACGUCUCGCCGCAGCGGCGGAUGCGGCGGUGGCGGAGGACCUUAUCCUGCGCGUGGCGCCGCGCAACCUGCCGGAAAGGGUCACACUGCGCGGGAUGGGGCCAGCACACCUUGAGCAGCUCAUCGCGCUGCAGGGCAUGGUGGUGCGCGUGUCCAAGAUCAUCCCGGAGAUACGCGUGGCGUUCUUUCAGUGCUGGUACUGUCAGCAUGUGCGCCGCAGCGUCGUCGAUCGCGGGCGCAUCUUCGAGCCGACAAGGUGCGACCACUGCGGCAAGCACUACUCGUACAAAAUCAACCAUAAUCUCUCCCUCUUCGAAGACAAGCAGUUGGUGCGGCUGCAGGAGGCGCCGGAGCACUUGACGGAUGGAGACACGCCAGUCACAAUCUCUGUCGUUGUGUACGGUGACACGGUGGAUGCCGUUGUGCCUGGUGACCGCGUUGUUGUGACAGGUAUUUACCGCGCCGCCCCCGUCCGCCUCAACGCCAACACACGCAUCAUUCGCAGCAUAUUCGCUACACACGUUGACGCUGUGCACAUCGAGCACCGCCGCGCAGGCCGUAAUUCGUGGAAGGAUCAGCAGAAGCAGCAUGCUGUGGGUGAUGAGGAUCUCCCGGAGGAUCCUGCAGAGGCGUCACGACGUGACGUGUUCCGCCGUAUCGCGAGCCGUCCAGACAUCUAUACCAUUUUACUCAAUAGCUUCACGCGUACCAUUUGGGGACACGAGGAGGUGAAGCGUGGCAUCCUUGCCCAGCUAUUCGGUGGGACACGCAAGGAACUCAGGUCUGGUACUUUCCGCGCGGAGAUAAACGUGAUUCUCUGUGGUGAUCCAGGCGUUGCGAAGUCACAGCUGCUGACUCAGGUGCAUGAGAUUGCCCCGCGUGGUGUGUAUACGUCCGGCAAGGGCAGCAGUAGCGUGGGUUUGACCGCUUUUGUUGUGCAGAACAACGAGACGGGGGAGUUGGUACUUGAACCCGGUGCGCUGGUGCUCUCUGACAAGGGGAUUUGCUGCAUCGACGAAUUUGACAAGAUGAAUGAGGCGACUCGUUCGGUGCUACACGAGGUGAUGGAGCAGCAGACACUCUCCAUCGCAAAGGCAGGUAUCAUUGCGCAGCUUAACGCCCGUACCUCUGUUCUGGCAGCAGCGAAUCCGAAGGAAUCUCAAUGGAACGUGAACUUGAAUGUUGUGGAGAACCUGCAGAUUGAACCGACGCUUCUCUCUCGCUUUGACCUGAUCUUCCUUCUGCUGGACCAUCACGACCCUACGGAGGACAGGCGCCUCGCGUCGCAUGUGCUGUCACUUUUCAUGGAGUCUGAAGAUGGGCGCAACCGUCCAUCUUCUGCGGAUGCUGCGACACAAAACACCGGUGAUGACGAUGAUGAUGACGAUGUGGGUGUUACGAAUACGGUAAACGGUAGCGGCAACACGGGACCACGUGGUCUGCCAGCUGGCCGCGCAGCAGUGGUGCUGGAGCACGAGGGAGAAGUCUUUCUCGAGGGCACUGAUGACGCGCCUUACAUGCCAACACGAAUCCUCUCGCAGUACAUUGCCCUGGCGCGCGAGACAGUACACCCGCGGCUGACGGAGGCAUCGCACAAGCAGCUGGCAAAGUCGUAUGUGGAGAUGCGACGGGCGCGCGGCAGCAGCCGGACGGUGUCAGCGACACUGCGGCAGCUUGAGUCGAUGAUACGACUCGCGGAGGCGCGCAGCAAGAUGCGCUUCAGUGCGGAGGUCGCCGUCGAGGACGUGAAGGAGGCAAAGUGGCUCAUCAGCGCCGCGCUGAAGGAGGCCGCAACGGACCCGCAGACGGGACUCAUUAACCUUGACAUGUUCAGCGCACCCGACCCGACGCGGCAGACGGUGGAGGGAAGUAUGCUGCGGCUGGAGCACGUCAUUGGCAAGCGAUACCUUGCGGCGGGGCGCACGAGUGCGACGGUCACUGAGUUGCGGCUGGCGCUGAACGAGUCGCUGGGCGGCGGUAUUCGACCGCUCACGACGGCGCAGUUCAUGGAGCUGCUCGCGCUGAUGACUGGCGGCGAGUAUGUCAAGUCAUUCACCUCCACCUCGGUGACCUUUGCGGAUAAAGGCGCAUGA